GCCGGGUCAAGUCCACCCUAGCCCAGUAUCGCCCUGACUUCGAGUCCAAGAUCAAGUCGGUAGUCCAAGUCAUAUCUCACAACAAAAGCGGUUUCUGUCCCGCGCACGAACAAAGCGAACAAAAUCACCGUAAAUCAUAGUGAUAUCAUUUCCUGUGGCGGUGCUGUCCAUUUUCAUAUUAUGGCUACGUGGCAGCUAAAUACGCAACAUUGUUUGGCAUUGAGGUCGAAGGAAUGUAGUGUUUUAAUUGGCAAGAGAGGUCCCUCUGCUCGGGUCCCGUCAUGAUGUACCGUAUCCCGCGUCAUCAAUUGCUCCAGCCUGGGCCAGGCUCGUCAAACACUGUUAAUUGCACCAGCUCGUCUUGGCAUCGUACCACAUAUGUAAACGAAGAUCUGCCAAGAGUCCUAGUAUAAAGGACUGAAGAAGCUGUGCAUACGUGCUUCUCUGAAAGAUAGCCCCACAAUUCGUCACUGGUCAUCUAGUUCAUGGCUUUGAGCACUAUUGCCGAAGAAGCGAGCUCCAAGGACGAUGACUGCGUCCAGACUGUCGAUGUAAACUCCCCAGAACCACAGAUGAAGCCUUACCAGAGGACAUUCAAUAGCCCCGCCGCAAUUUUGGGCUUGAUAUCCUUGGGUACUGUCUUCUUGUCCUUGUCGAUACCGACGCUCGCCUUCGGGAGCGUCGACCCACCCAGCUUGAUUGUGGUGAUUGCCACCUUCUACGGCGGCAUCGCGCAAACGAUUGUGGCCGUGUGGGAGAUGUCCCUUGGCAACACUUUCAGCGCAACGGUUUUUGCUACCUACGGAGGUUUCGACUUCGUAUACAGUGCUUUCUGUUUACCUCGAAUCGCCCUUGCGGCUGCAGACACCGUUGACGGGGUCGUCAGACAGCAGUUGUACAACGCCAUCGGCAUCUACCUCGCCAUCUGGAGCUCGAUUACAUUCCUUCUCCUCCUUGGUGCACUUCAAACCAAUAUACCCUACGUUGUAACGCACGCAUGUAUUGUUUGCGCGCUCGCUUGUCUUUCCUUGAACGCUUUUACUGGCCACCUGCAUUUGGCAAUUGCAGGUGGUGUCCUGGGUAUCAUCGCUUCCUUCAGCGCAUACUACAGCGCAUUUUCGUUCUUCUGGACACAGCACACCUCGUUCAGAUUCAUUCACUUCCCUCUCAUGAUGGCUCCUUUCAACGUCUAAGCGCUAGAGUCCUCUCUUCUCUUGUACGAUUUUGAUAUUGUCCUCAACUUGCACUGGAUUUGCUGUUGAGGAUAAUGGUGGGAGAUGAAAAGUACGGUCCUCAGAUUAUUGAAUCGAUCAGUUUUUGUACUAGUAUAUUGGCUACACUCUCAUAUGGAAAGCACGG